AUGGCUCGUGUUUGCAGCUCGUUCUUGCUUCUUGUUCUUGUUCUUGUUUCUUCCGUAGCUAUGGCAACAGAACCUAGCCCGCUUCAAGAUUUCUGUGUUGCAGACAAGAACGCCCAAGUUUUGGUGAACGGGUUCGCUUGCAAAAACCCGAGUUUGGUUCAAGCCGACGACUUCUACUUUGAUGGGUUACGCAUGAGAGGAAACACCUCGAAUGCAGUUGGGUCCAAGGUGAGCUUAGUUACCGUGGAACAGGUGCCUGGACUCAACACUUUAGGAAUCUCAAUGGCUCGUGUGGACUAUGAACCAGGGGGGCUCAACCCGCCUCAUGUUCAUUCUCGGGCCACUGAGCUCUUCACCGUCUUGGAAGGCACAAUUGAAGUCGGAUUUGUCACAUCAAACCCUGAAAACCGUUUUAUCACUAAAGUGUUGCAUAAGGGUGACGUUUUUGUUUUCCCAUUCAGACUCGUACAUUUUCAAAGAAAUAUUGGAAAUGUGAAUGCACUUGCGAUUUCGACAUUGAGCAGCCAGAACCCGGGUAUCGUCACAAUUGCAAAUGCGGUUUUUGGUUCGAAACCGGAUAUUUCUAGUGACAUUCUUGCCAAGGCCUUUCAAACUAGUAAUGAAGUAAUUGAGAAUUUACAGUUCAAGUUUUAGACCCUUGGAGACCCGAAAGAGCUACCAACACAAAAUCAAAUAAAUGCUACCAAAUAACACUUGUAUUCCUAGUCAAGGAACAAUAUCUUUGGGUUUUUUUUUUUUUUUUUUUGUUGUAUUUUUAUUAUAUCAUUGUUGCAUUUAGUUUAUCAUAAAUAUUUUUUUAUAACUUUAUAAUAAUUCAUGUGUAAUAUUCUAAUCUAUAUGUGUAAUAAUAAAUAAAGCAUGUAGUAAUUUUCAA